UGUACAUUUCCCGUGCUGCCGGCCCAAGUCUGGUGUCAAAUAGCGCCGUCCCAUACUGCUACUGUUUUCGCCGGUUACAAAUAUCUCUUUCUUUCUCCUUCUACUCUCUACGCUUCACUCAGUAUACACAUCAAAUUCUCUUUUGUUUAGUAGGUUAAAAUCUGCUUUUGUUUUUGAAGAGGAGAGUUCAAAUCAUUUCGAUUUGCCACAUUUUUUCUGAAGCUAUUCUCUAUAAGAUGUCUGAGGAAGCGGCUCAAGAUCUCACUGCACUACCUGAAGCUGAGAAGAAUAAUGAAAAUUCCAGUAAUGGGAGUGUUCCCGUUACAGUGCUUGAGAGCGUUGAUAAAAAUCAUAAAGAGAAGGAAAGAGAAAAGCCUGUCUUACUGGUUGAGCUUGAUCUUAAUGGAGACAAUAAGGUGAAUACUGGGGCAGAGAUUGGAAAUUCAGAAGUAGAAUACAUAGAAUCUGAGAAUUUGAAUGAUUUAGAAGAUGUCGACACAAGUCUGAAGACUCUAUUGACUGGACUAGACUCCAAGGACUGGGUUUUAGUGUGUGAGGCACUUAAUGAUGUUCGGCGUCUGUCCAUAUUUCACAAAGAAGCAAUGGUUGAUAUGUUGGGAAAUGUGAUCUCUCUUAUUGUGAAAUCUUUGAAAAAUCCAAGAAGUGCUGUUUGUAAAACAGCUAUUAUGGCAUCAGCUGACAUUUUCAAAGCAUACUGUGACAGCAUAGUUGACUUGAUGGAUCCACUGCUUGUACAACUUCUUCUGAAAUCUUCACAAGAUAAGCGAUUUGUAUGCGACGCAGCUGAGAAAGCUCUAAUAGCUAUGACGACAUGGGUUUCUCCAUCACUAUUAUUACCGAAGCUGCAACCUAAUCUGAAACACAGAAAUCCUCGAAUUCGAGCAAAAGCUUCAAUGUGCUUUUCUCGAAGUGUACCACGUCUGGGAGUAGAGGGAAUCAGAGCAUAUGGAAUUGAAAACUUGAUCCAAAUAGCUGUAUCCCAGCUCAGUGACCAGCUUCCUGAGUCAAGGGAGGCUGCUCGUACGCUGUUGUUAGAACUGCAAACUAUCUAUGAAAAAGCACUCAAUGUUACCCCAACAGAAGUGAGUGAAGAGGCAGAAACAAUUUCCUGGGAGCAUUUUUGUCAAUCAAAGCUUUCGCCUUUGAGUGCUCAAGCAGUUCUGCGUGUAACCAAUCUCACUAGGGAGGGUAUUGUUUUAGGUUCAUAGCAUUUGUGUGAUGAGCUAUAGUUCACUUUUGUCCUUCCUAAUUUUUUGGUUUGGUUUUCUUAUACCUGUAUAUACCAUUAAAAGUUUGAGGUGUUUGCGAGGCAGUUGAACCAUAUCUAGAGCUAUAGUUCCUAUAGUAUCUUGAAUAUAUGGUUUAGAUUACGUCGUAUUGUGCUUAAAAUCAUUCAUGAAUGCUUGCUUUGCAGUAUUACUUGUAAUUGUGCUCGUUCAUUGUUUGUCUUACUAUUUUAAUGGUUGAAAAGCGAAAUGCGUUACUGUGAA